CCGCUACUCUUCCGCAGCCAAAACAUUUCGUGCCGCCCACGCGUGUCGCGCGAGCUCAUCGCCAAUAACAACAUGGACGCUUGAAAAUAAAUCAAAAAUUGUUUUCAAAGUUGAAAACAUCUGACAACGCCAACACAAUGCAAGAGCCGUCUAGCCAGCCAAGUGGCUUAGAAACGCCAAAUAUUGAGAGCGAUCGGGCAGAUUAUCCAGUGAAUGCGUCCUCUAGCGAUGAUAGCAUUAGCACUCAUGUUGGAAGUUCAGCAGGUCCUAGCGAUGAAAUUUCAAGCAAAACUGACUUAACAAGUGACGUUACUGGCCCGCCAAAACCAAAAAGACGUCCAGGGAAAGGUAUUGCUUUGCACAGAAUGACAUAAAAUGAAGUUGAAACGGGUAACUUUCCAUAGAAAUCUCCCAAAAUGACGUCACAAUGAUUUAAGGCACAUGUAUAUCAAUAUAUGAUUCUUACCCUGGCCUUUGUACUCAAAUAAAUGCGUGUAAAGAUGUCACAUUUCGAAUCUCGCCUUAAACAGAUGAACAGGAAUAGUGCAUUCAGCACUUGUUUUUGUACACCAGAAUGAGAAUCGUGUACGACUAGUUGUAUUAUGUAAACGGCUAUUAUUAGGGUUACAGUCUGGGUUAGGACAAGGUUAUGGGGUCAGGAUAAUCCUAACCUUACUAUAUAGCCGUAAUCUUAACCCCAUCCUGACCUUGUACUUACUGUAUUAAUACGGUGUUUUACUCUGGUAUAUGUGUCGUUCAUUCAGUGUUCAAAACUAAUAAUGCCAACACUGUGAGAAUGUUGGAUUACGGGUUAGGAUUAAGGAGAAGGUUAGCAUUAAUAGGACUGUAUAUAAGGAUUAGGAAUCAUUUAAGAGUAAGAAAUUGCCUCAACUUGUGGCUGUUGAUAUGGGAAUUGAUGUCAGCUUUACUUUCACCUAUUAAUGCAGGCUCUCCUUCAUGAGUAAAAUCAUCUCAUCUUAGACAGAUUAAAAUAAUAAAGUAGGGCUCAUUGGGUACGUGUGCACAGUGCAACGUAAUGGGUUAAUUAACUAGGACACAUAUGGGCAGACAGUCUAAUCAACCCAUUGAGCACCAGCACUCUCAACUUGAUGAGUAAAAUUGUCUGGUGUUAGACAGAGUAAAAUAAUAAAUUAGGGCACAAUGUAACUUAACCCAUUAAGCUGCAGAGCUUCCCCAUUGACAAGUAAUAUCGGCUCGAGUUAGACAAGUAAAAAAAUAGGUAGGGUGCACUGGGGCACAUUGCGGCUCAAUGGGUUAAUGCAUUAAAUAUGUAGAACUGAAAGUAUAAUUUAUAUGUGAAUAGCUCCAGAUCUUCCAAUUUAUGAAAGACGGAACUGGCUGAUCCAUCUCCAUUAUGUUCGAAAAGACAUUGAAAAUUGCAAAGUAAGUAUAGGUUGUGUCAGAAAUAUUUAGUAAAAAAGAUCCUAAUGUUGUGGCCUGAAUGUUUCCGAUACAUAUAUUUCCAGUCGUUAAUUGAUGAACAGCUCAAUGAAAGCCAAGGGAUGUGCGAAUACGCAUUGUAUAUACAAGGUUUGUAUCUAAUCUAACCGUGGUUUCGUACUAUACCAAUACAGAACUGCCAAGACAUAGCCAACAAGAGGGUGGGGCACCCAGCAAAUUAUGAGGGGCAAAGCUGUACCAGCAAGUCCCCCCCCCCCCAUGUUUUAAUUCAAAUCCCAUUACAUGCAACGACUUAACCCAAUUCCACCCACAAUGAAAUAGAAAUCUAUCAUAAAAUCCUAUUUCAUGCCUUUUUUUUUAGUUAUAAUCCUGAGUCCCACUUAAAAUUUUGGCCCAUCCUCCCCUAGAUUAUAAACUGGUCAAUAGUAGCUAGUAGUAACAACUUAAAUGUAAGACAAUUUUUUGUGGACUAACCAGGGAUGGAUCCAGCAUGAUCUGGUAGGGGGGGGGGUGCUCUGCCAGCUCUAGUGCAGAAUUGUGUCGGUCACAUGUGCCGCCCGCCCAUCAACAUACAGUACUUGCUUGACUACUGUAUUUGAACUAUAAAGUAUAAUUGUUGUUCACAGUUCGCUUAUCAUCAUGUUAUUACUCCAAUUACUGUAUCUCAUUUUGUCUCUAACAUUUUUGGCUUUAUCAUGAAAAAUAGCACACACACCCUCCCUGGCCAGGGUGGGUGCACCCCCUCCCCCAGUAUAUCCAUCCCUGGGACUAACAGUAAAUGAAUGACAAUAAAUAUCAAAUUUUGGCAAAUAGCAAUGGUCAAAUAAUAGGUAUCCAUGUUAUCAAAUUUCUGCUAUUUUCCAAUCUCUUCAGCGCUUCUGUUACGUGAAGAAGGAAAAAUCCAAGAGUCUCUGGAACUGUUCCAGAGGACAGUUCAAAUCAACCCAAAUAAUGUUGAUAAUUUGAAGCAAGUGGCAAGAUCACUGUACGUGGAAAAAAUUUACGUUAUUUAAUUUUUUUGGACUGAGAAACAAACUAUACCGUACUAAUCGUAGAUGAAAGAUAUCCGUCUGAUAAUUUUUGUGUGUGAAAACGCAAUAAACAAACAGAUCAUCCGUCAAAACGAACUACACCGCACUAAAGUAUCUGUGAAAUAAAAUAAUCUACAGAUGGUCCGUCCGAUACAAAACCUAGGAUGGUUUAUUGUCGUUUCGUACACCUGCCUUUUCGUACCCUUACCAUUUCAUUGGUCCUUUCAUACCCAGACACGUUGGGAGGUACGAAACGACCAGAGUCAGACGGGUACGAAAUGACUGGAGUAUGGAACGAUGAACUAUCUGGGAAAUAUCAGGCAUGAUUUGUCCUGGAACCAUUGCAAUUGUACAUCGCUGUCUUGUUUGGAUAGUUCGUUUUAUGUUCACACUUCGGUGGCGCAAUCGUGAGAGCAAGCGCCAUUCACUUCUGAGAUUGUAGGUUCGAUCCUCAUAUCGGACUAAUGACAGUUAUGUGAAGAGUUACUCAACGCUCUACCGAAAGUCGUGGGUUUUCUCUGAAUACUCCUGUUUCCUCCUGACAGGGUGAGUUGGGAUUAGCCCCCUAACUGACCCUUCCACCGUAACUGGAUCCGGCAGACAUGAGUCAUAAGGUGGCUGCCAGAGGCGCCCUUAGAAAGCCUUCGACUGGAUCAGGUUGAGCUGCAUCCUUCGUAAUUCAGCUUAGCUCUCAGCUGCAAGUAAAGCCUGCAUGGUUGAAACCUGUAUUUUGUGUUUCUGACGGGUGCAAUUGCAAAUGAGUGAACUCGCACACAAAAGUAUAGAGUCGCUCUUGAGAAGUAAACAAUUCUAAGUCUUUUGCAUGUCAUUCGAUCACAUUUGCCAUGCGAAAAAUCGCCUACACAGGCGACAGAAUUGCUAGUGUGAACCAGGCAUAAGGAUGAUUAGCACCACACUUAUCAUCCGUACGACGAUCCGUAGGACGGAUGAUGCGUCAUAACCCACCAUUGCCAACAUUUCAUGUUGGAAGAAACAGAGUACCUAGUCCUAGUUAAACCUUUCGGCAGAGCCAGAGCUUGCCAGAGCGUUGACUCACUCUUUUUACAUGAAUGUCUCAAGUGCGGAAUGAUAAUCAAAUUCACGAUCUCGGAGAUGAAAGGUAAUGACUGUGCCACCGAUGGUAUCUUGGCUUAGAACUGAAGUAACGAGGUUAACGAGGUUACGAUUCAGAUUUUAAAAUGUUCAAUCAUUCUCGAAUAGGUUUCUGUUAGCUCGACAUAAGGCUGCACUGGAAGUGUACCUGGAAGCAACGAAAUUAAAUCCUCAAAAUUGGGUAGGAACAUGUUGCAUCUAAAGGCCCGUUUACACUUGCCAUUUUUGCUGCGAUUUCCUCCUUCUGAUGCAUGUGAACGAGUAGAUGAGUUACGAUGUUCAGAGUACACGCAGCCUCAUCUGAACAUUCAUAACUUAUCCACUCGUUCACAUCCGUCAGAAGAAGAAAAUCGCACCUAAAAUCGCAGCAAAAAAUGAGUGUUAACGAGUCUUAAUGCAUCAUUAUUUUACCUCAACUUCAUUCUAUACAACUAUGAUUUAAUUCCGCAACUAAACACGCUUUUCGCAUUUUACAGGAAAUUUUUCACAAUCAAGGUAAUCUAGUUUCUUUCUCACUUCUUUUAUGUGAACGUCAAAAAUUAGCCGUAAAUUAAAUAUUUCAGAACUUCUCAAACGAAUAUUUCUAAAUGUCUUUCCUGCAGGCAUUUGCUAUAUGUACCUCAAAGAUUACGAGAACGUAAGUCAAGGCUACUGACUGGAAUUAAACUGGACCAAAUUAAAACAGAUUUUGAUAAAAAAAAAUUCGUUAUCAAUUUUUAGGCUGCUGUGUCAUUAAAGAGUGCAAUUCAGUUAAACCGCCAUGAUACAUCAUUCGUACAACUGGCUAAAGUACAUCUAUUACAAAACGAUGUGGCCUCCGCCAUUGAGGUUUAUAAACAUGCUGUCGAGUAAGUAUAUAGACGCCUCUGUAGCUCAGUUGGUUAGAACACUGCACCGGAAUCGUAUAGGGCCACAGGUUCGAUUCCUGCGAGGGAGCCAAUAGUUGCAUUUUGCGCAUGCAGCUGCUCCCUGGUUAAUAGGUCUUAAGAAAUCAGUAUAAAAUUUACAUUCGAACUUUUCAUCUACAAAAUCUUUCAACAUUGGUUGAAUCAAGUGAGAUGCCCAAAAAUCCUGGGGCCGAUUGUACGAAGGCCGGACAGCGCCAUCCACAAAUAUCCAUUGAUAGUCAAAUUUUCAACCGGCAUAAAAAUGCUUUAAAAGCUAUAAAACUAAUAAUAUAGAGCCCAAAAUAAUAAAAGAAACUCCAAUUUUAUUAAUAUUAUGACUUAAUCUGGGUUAUAGCAAAAACCGAAGUCUUGGAAGGCUUCCGCUAUCCGGCGCACAGCGCUACCCAGCCUUCUUACAACCGGCCCCUGAUGUUUAACGUUAACAUCCCUCAGCUGGCUUGUCCCUUCGUUGCUCGCUCUCUCGGUCAGACAAUCAUAUUCAGGCAUAAAAACGAGUUACUUUUACCCUCAACCUCAAAGCUGUACUUUAUCUUCAGAUACUCACCAGAAAAUCCUGACUUGAUGACAACACUUGGACUACUGUUUUUACAGGUAUGGGCAUGCCUCCCGAUUUUAUUUUUGUGGCUGUCUUCGACAGGGAGUUACGCUAUGCCGACGCACCUGCAUGGCUUCAUGAUAUUUAAGAUUGUUUAUUUUAGCCGGUGCCGGUGACUCCCAGUGUAGAUACUUAUAGGUUAUUUUUACACUAUACCGGAAAGCCUUCCGUAACGCAGCGAAAAAAACACCUAUCCGAUAAAGAAUGUUCAAAUUUCAGAAGCGAAUAAAGCCUGGUUCACAUAUGCCUGCGCUAUCAUUGUUUACAGCUGUUGAUGCAUACAUUCUUUUGUGAAUUAUUUGGUUGAAUUGCUAACCGCCUGCCGACAUACCGCAGGUAUAUGUGAACCAGCUUUAGCUCCACUGCCUGACCAUACGAUUCUUGGAGUUGGCCGGUUUUUUAAUGCGGAGCUAAUGUGGAGCUUAAAACCCCGUACCAAAUUUCUUAAUAUUCACGAAGUUGAGUUCUUUUUCCAGGUUGGUCAGACUCAAAAAGCAUUUGAACAUUUGGGAAACGCCUUGACUUAUGAUCCGACCUUUGCUAAGGUAAGAGAUAUGAGCCCUAAUCAAUCAACACAUUUUUGUGCCCGUUGCCACCCGAUUCAUAUUUUCAGAUAACUGACUUGCCUAGUUACCACUGUUCUGAUAAAUUGUAAGUGCGUAGAAUGGAACAAAGAUAUAACCAAACAUUUUGAAUUAUAUAUGUGAGUGAAUUGGAUCGCAGCGGGCAUAAACAUACGUUAGCUGAUUACGUCUAUCAUAUAAAUAAUCUUUUUUAAUAACUAUACAGUACCUAUAACCACUUAUCAUUAUACUUUUUUUAAUUAGGCAAUUUUAGCAGCUGGUUCGAUUAUUCAACUGCACGGGGAUUACGAUGUGGCUUUAACCAAGUACCGAGUGGCUGCCGCUGCUACACCUGAGUCCGCACAACUAUGGAAUAACAUUGGAAUGUGUUUCUUUGGAAAGAAAAAACAUAUUGCGGUAAGACUAAAAAAUCUCAUCGGGUGUUAGAAAUUACCAACUUUCUCAGUCGAUCAGCAGCCAGAGAGUCAGUCUGCAGACCUUUGGUAACAAUGGUUUUUUGUUUUGAAACAAUAGUCUAUUGUUUUGUAACAAUGGAAUUUUUUUUUCACAAUUGUCUAUUCUAUUUUAUUCAGUUAUUGUUUCGUAACAAUGAGUUGUCUUUUUAAUGUUUUUCUAUAACAAUGACCGUAUUGUUCUUUAUCCUAAAACUGUAUCAUAUAUUUUUUUAACUUCUAGGCAAUCAGUUGUCUGAAGAGGGCUGCGUAUUUAGCUCCAUUUGAAUGGAAAGUUUUCUACAACCUUGGCUUAAUUCAUUUGUCCAUACAACAGUACGGUUUCAUAUAUUCGUAAUAGUAAUACACUAAGAAAGUUCUUGUAAUAUCAUUCAAACACUAAUAAUAUAAUUGUGGCAUAAUAAUUACGCCUACUACGCAAGCUAAGCUACAGUUUCACGUGAGAGUAGAUGUUUCAUUCUGGACUGUCCAUCGUUAGAUUAGUUAGAUGCAAACUACUUAAUAUAAUAUUUUUACUUUUAGAUAUGCCUCGGCAUUUCACUUCAUAAGCGGCGCAAUAUCACUCAAGCCAAAAAACGGAGAACUAUUCAUGUUGCUAGCUGGUAAGCUAUAAUUGAACUUUCAUUGUAAGAUGGUGCUGAUACGAGGGGAAGGGCCAGCCCUUUGAGACGAGAUCACACUAUUGAGUAGCCGAUAUCUCCCCUAAGAUAGGCCUACAAGGCUGGUCAUUUCCCCAUAAAACGCACUAUAGCUGUUUUAAGUCUAGCGUACCGGAUACGUCUUUGCAUAAACGUUGGAUAAAUACUUCAUAUUUAUAGUUAAUAAGUUAUUGUUCGCUUUCUUUGCAGUUGCUUUGGCGAACCUGGAUGACAAAGACAACGCGAAAAAAGCUUACAAUCGGGCAGCAAUGUUAGAUCAGUAAGUAUUAUUGUGAACUUCAAUCAUGGUAGACGACUAUGUCUCUAAGGUGGGGGGACCACUCUAGGGUGGUGGGGGUCCACUCUGGGGUGGUGGGGGACCCAAUCUAGUGUUAGUAACGCCAAGCUAAACUUCUGGCGAAGGCCUCAGAACAUUGAAGUAAACAUUUAUAGCAACUUGUCAUAAUUUGUAGAAACGAUCCAGUGAUCUGUCUGAACUACAGUGUGUUACUGUAUAAAAUGAACGAAAGAAGAAAUGCGGCAAAGCAGUUCGCGGCCUACGAGAAGAGAUUGGAUGGUAUGAAAAGAGACGGCAAAGCUGGAGAAAUCGAUUCUCAGGUAUAGUAUAGCACGGUAUCUGGUAUUUGAUGGUGUGAUGUGGUAUGGUGUGUUAUCAUUAUGUGGUGUGGCAUAGCAUGGUGUACAGUAUGGUAUGUUAUAGUGUAGCAUAGUAUUGUGUGGUGGUACGAGUAUGGUAUAGUAUGGUAGUAUCAUGGUAUUGCAUAGUGUGGUAUGGUAUAGUGUAGUAUGGUAUUUCGAUGUAAUAUGUAUGGUAUAGUAUGGAGUAGUAUGGUAUAGUAUGGUAUAAUGUGGAGUAUUGUAUGGUGUGGUAAUUAAUCAUUCAACUUUAAUUGAUCUUCCCAGGUUUAUGAGACAGCAGCCAAGCUCAGCCCUCUCUUACAAGUUGGUGAGAAAUUUGUGUACAAGGAGUCUUCGUCAAACACCUCGCUGCCUGAGUCCGAAGGAUAUGCGAUGUCUGAUAGCAGUAGUAAAAGUUCGUUCGUUUAAAAAAUUCCUGAACAUGGACAACAGUAGGGUACCAUUUCUUCUGAAAUGUAAACGCGAAGACAGACUAGCAAACAUAUUGGAAAAUGUUAAAUUUUCCUCAUAUCUCUCCCCACUCUUUAAAACUUUAUCUGGAAAUACAAUUUCUUCUCGAGGAAGCAAAACAUUUUGCAACAAACUCGGAAACAUUUCAUCUCACAGGAGAGAUUGUUUUGCAAACAUUUUUUAUGGACAAGCCACAGCCAGUAAUGGAGCAUAACUAACUUUCAGCAAAACAGCAUUACAUUGCCUUUUUAUUGUUUUGAAAAUUCCACUAUUUUUCAUGCCAUCCAGUCACUUGUUGUUGUGACAUAUUUACGGCGUUAUACAAGAGACUUAUUUACUCAGAGAUAAUUUACCCUUCACUCCUCGAGACAAAUGUUUCUGACAAAGCCUGGUUUGUCCACCUUUGGGAAAAAUGACAAUGAAGUUUCCUGGUUCGUUUUAGACCUUAUAUGAAAAUCUCAUAAAUAAAGCGUUUUUCCCUGUUUCAUAACUAACUUGUGUAAAUAUUACUACCAUAGAGUAUAAAAGCAUGUUUGAGUCAUAUGUUAUUUAUACGUUAAUUUAUUGUAUCAAAAUAAAACCAUGAUUAAAUAAUCGUUAAACUGUUAUAACUCACGUGAGCCGCCAGCGAGUGGCUAGCGACUGAUACUUCGGAGCUACUUGAUGUUGUAGAUCAGAUAACAAAAAUACCGCUAGUAAGUUGUGACAUCUGCGUUGUUUUGUUAAAUGGAUUGCAAGGAGUAGUGGUCGUCACAAGUUUUGAUAGUGGCCCUUUGUGAGCAUAUUCUUGAACACGGAGGUCGUCUCUAGACACAUUUCU